UUUGAUUUAGCCCGCGUUAAAUUAGUGUUUACAUUCGUUAACUCUUAUUUCUCUUGUUCUCUCUUAUAAAUGAAAAAUUAAAUGAUUAUCCAGCAUGUACAAGACGAGGGUCACACGUAUCCCGGGUCGAAGCAAGUGUCCAUGCGCAAGAAUAAUGUUAUUACGUGGAUGAAACAUAAAACAUUGUGACACCGACAAGAUCAGACCCAUUUUUUACUGGGGCUCAUUGUCACUAUGGUUUUUAAUAAGGCAGCUAUCAGUUUGGGCCUUUUGAGACUGUGUAUAAUUAAUAAAUAAUACUCUUGAUUUUCUCAAAUAAUGUGUCAUGAUUAAAUUAACAGAGUGUUCGAUUGAAUUCUGACAGCUCCUAGAGUGAUAAAAAAUCAGAUUUAAGGAAAAACUAGAAGUUGACAUGUGGCUGUCAACGGGAGAAGCAGCGAGCCUCGGUGCCGAGGAAGUGGCAGCGAGACUCCACGUGGAUACGAGGAAUGGGCUGUGGUGGCAGGAGGCAGAGCAGAGAAGACAACUUGUCGGGUACAAUGAAUUAACAGUCAAAGAAGAAGAUCCCACCUGGAAAAAAUAUAUCGAACAAUUUAAAAAUCCAUUGAUUCUGCUCCUUCUGGGCUCGGCAUUCGUCAGUGUCUGCAUGAAGCAAUUCGAUGACGCAGUCAGUAUUACAGUUGCCAUUAUUAUAGUGGUAACCGUAGCAUUUGUCCAGGAGUACCGUUCAGAGAAGUCCCUCGAGGAAUUGAAUAAAUUGGUGCCACCAACCUGCCAUUGUCUGAGGGAAGGCCGAGUGGAGACGUUCCUAGCCAGAAAUCUAGUGCCAGGAGACGUGGUGCUUCUUAAUAUUGGUGAUCGAGUACCCGCGGAUAUUCGCAUCUACGAGGCGAUCGACCUGGCCAUCGACGAGAGCAGUUUUACUGGUGAGACCGAACCCUCACGAAAAUCAACAUCUCCUCUGUUGAAGAGUAACGGCCACACCUCUAAGAAGAACAUCGCCUUCAUGGGUACUCUGGUACGUUGCGGCAAUGGAAAAGGGAUCGUCAUCAACACCGGGGAGAAGAGCGAGUUCGGGGAGGUGUUCACAAUGAUGAUGGCAGAGGAGGCCCCAAAGACACCCCUCCAAAGGAGCAUGGACAUUCUCGGGGCCCAACUCUCCUCCUACUCGUUCUGCAUCAUAGCCUUUAUCAUGAUGCUCGGGUGGAUCCAGAAGAAGGCCUUCCUCGAGAUGCUGACCAUCAGCGUAAGCCUGGCUGUAGCCGCCAUCCCCGAGGGUCUUCCCAUCGUUGUUACAGUGACUCUCGCCCUGGGUGUGAUGAGGAUGGCCAAGCGAAAAGCCAUUGUCAAGAAACUGCCGACUGUCGAGACCCUGGGCUGUGUCAAUGUUAUCUGCUCCGACAAAACCGGAACCAUCACGAAAAAUGAAAUGACGGCGACAAUAAUUGUUACACCUGAGGGCUACGUGGCGGAUGUCUCAGGUACUGGCUACAAUGAUCGGGGAAAAGUAAAAAUUCGAAAGUGCGAUAAUUCAGAAACAGCAAAAUUGGCAAUAACAAAUGUACUCGAGGUGGGCUGCAUCUGCAACAAUGCUGUUAUUCAGAAUGACACACUGCUGGGUCAGCCAACCGAGGGUGCCAUCGUCGCUGCUGCUAUGAAAUUUGGCAUGUAUGGCACCGCUGAAAAGUACCUCAGACUCCAGGAGUAUCCCUUCUCCUCAGACCAGAAGAUGAUGGCUGUCAAGUGCAUUUCCAAGUACUCAGAGGACAAGCAGGAAAUUUAUUUCGUGAAGGGAGCCCUCGAGAAAAUUUUACCACAGUGCACCAAGUACUCUAUCAAUGGCCAGUUGUAUCCGUUGAAUCAGAAGAAGGAUCAUGAGCUGCUGGCGGAGGCUUAUGAGAUUGGCCAGCAAGGACUGAGGGUGAUAGGUCUGGCUCGUGGCACCAGUCUUCAGGAUCUCGUGUAUGUAGGCCUCAUUGGGAUUUGUGAUCCACCACGUGAGGGGGUCAGAGAGGCCAUCACCAUUUUGACCAACAGUGGUGUCAAGGUGAAAAUGGUAACUGGAGAUGCCAAGGAGACUGCUGGUGCCAUUGCUAGUGUCAUUGGCCUUGACACUCUGCACAUGAAGCUCAUGUCUGGGGACGAGAUCGAAGCUAUCUCAGAGUCUGAGCUCGAGCAGGUAAUUGAUAAUGUCAGUGUGUUUUACAGGGUGACUCCCAGACAUAAGCUCGCCAUUGUCAAGGCUCUCCAACGUAAUGGCAAUAUCGUCGGCAUGACUGGGGAUGGGGUGAACGAUGGAGUAGCUCUCAAGAAGGCUGACAUUGGUAUUGCCAUGGGUAAAAAUGGUACUGAUGUGUGCAAAGAGGCUGCUGACAUGAUCCUCGUGGACGACGACUUUCAAACGAUCAUUGCCGCUAUCGAGGAGGGAAAGGGUAUAUUCUAUAAUAUCAGGAACUUCGUGAGAUUUCAAUUGAGCACGAGCAUCGCUGCUCUGGCUCUCAUUGCACUUGCAACUCUCAUGAGCAUUCCCAAUCCCCUCAAUGCCAUGCAGAUACUUUGGAUCAAUAUAAUUAUGGAUGGACCACCUGCCCAGAGCCUCGGAGUUGAGCCCGUGGACAAGGAUGUCCUCAAGCAGAAGCCCAGGGACACCAAGGAACCCAUGAUCACCAAGAGUCUGAUCAUCAAUGUUCUUCUUUCUGCAGUUAUCAUCAUUCUGGGGACUCUGUGGGUGUUCAACAGAGAGAUGAGCUCUAUGGGCAUUACUGCCAGGGACACCACCAUGACAUUCACUUGCUUCGUAUUCUUUGACAUGUUCAAUGCUCUGAGCUGUCGGUCACAGACCAAGUCAAUAUUCACUAUUGGAUUUUUAAGCAAUAAGAUGUUUUUGGUGGCUGUGACACUGUCAGUCAUUGGCCAAAUGCUCGUGAUUUAUUUUCCUCCGCUGCAGAGCGUUUUUCAGACUGAAGCGCUCACUGCAAAAGAUAUAAUUUUUUUGGUGGGGCUAACAUCGAGUGUUUUUAUCAUAAGCGAAAUAAAGAAGCUCGGUGAGCGGCUGUGGGAGCGUCGACGAACAACUGGACGGUAUUACAAACACAAGCAGCGGAGAGCAACGUCUCCCAAGUACGUCGCUAGAUCUUAAAACAAAAUCGUUUGUUUCUUCGUUACUACAUAUUACCACAUUUGUUUACGAGGACGAGUUGAAUGCGCUGAGAUCCAGCCAACUUUGCAUGACUAACGAAAUUCUAACUGAAGUAAGUCUGAUUGCUCGUGGAUAUGAUUUUUUUAUUUUCGAGUCAAGCUUUCGGGAGAAAUGGGGAGAUUGAUUAGUUAAGUGGGGGAAAAAAAAACAAUGUAGAUCGCUGGCCAUUUUAAGGAUGUUUCACAUCUCUUUAGCAAAAGUUCGGACUUUUAAAAUUUUUCUGGCAAAUUAUCCAUGAAAUUUACAUGAAAAUCGGAUCAAUCCGAUUAACAAUUUGUCAGAAAACAAAAAAAAAUCGGUAUUUUUGGAUAAAAAAGGGCCAGACCGUCCUUUAGUACUGGCAUUUUGGAUUACGACAUUUUUUUUUCGCCCUCACCUGAAAUUUUCUUCACGUGUUUGGUCACUUAACCAUUUAUGAGUGUCACCGCACAGCAUUCCAUUGAGUAUUUCAGUAAUCAAGUGAUAAAUUCAAAUAUCAAAAGUUUUUUUCUGUAUAUAAUUUAAUUAGCUGCAAUUUUCGAGAUAAAGCCAUACUUAAAAAAAAUAUUAAACGUGGGUUAUGUCACUUCUCCACAUAAUUACCGAUUUAAUUCUGAUAUAUAAUUAUUGGCAAUUAUAGAGGUGUAUUUUCGGAUUUCUGAGUCUUAAGAUAGGUAUAAGGGAGGAUUUGUCGAGGCGAAUAUAAAAUUUCUAUCAAUUUCUUUCAUACGUGUUGAAUAACCAUUUGAAUUUCUACAAUUGCAUCUCGUAAAGUAGCUAAUUGUGUCGGAACUUGAAGUAUGAAAUAUAAACUCGUAAUAAUAAUGUUGGAAAACGCACAAUGAAUAUUAAGAAAUUCAUAGCACAUUUUCACUCUGAUCCUAGAAAAAUACGAGUUCAUCCAUGGCAUUUAUUUUUACUCAAGAGAUUAUAUAUUAAGAACAGUCAUUGCUUGCAAUGAAUAAUAAUCGAGAUGAAUUUAAUAGCAAAAAAUAGAAAACUUGCGAUUGAAAUAUUGAUUCUUAUUUUUCCGGUAGCUUCUGUAUA